AUGAAAACGGUAGAGACCAACGCUAACAUACUUGAACUUGCGGACGAUACUUCUGUCCGCCCUAUUCCACCAGAAUCACCUGCUUAUCCUUCUUCACCUGAUACAACAGGACAAGAUCUUUCGCUUUCUGUAGAAACUCAACAAAUGAAUCCAAGAGGCGCUUCCUUUGAAUCUUAUCAUGAUAACCCGAGCAUUACCUCGCUUCAACACCCAGUGACUCCACUAUUAUAUACUUCGUUUGAAGGUCCCGACAUUCAUGAAGAUGAGGAAGACAAGUGUGGCAUAAGUGACGACGAAGAAGAUGGAUGUCGUCUUGAUAAAUCUUCUAAAAGAUAUGCUUCAAAAUUAUGGAUUGCAAUAGUUAUAUCUCUCUUCUUUUUUGUAACCGAACUCGCUGGUGGUUUUAUUGCUGGAAGUUUGGCUUUAUUGAGUGAUUCUUUUCAUUUAUUAAGCGAUGUUGUUAGCUUUGCAAUUUCACUUUUAUCUAUAUACCUUGCGCGAAGGCCCGCUACUAAAUCACUUUCGUACGGUUAUCAUCGUGCGGAAAUUUUAGGUGCGCUUUUAUCUAUUUUCAUGAUAUGGGGACUUACCGGCUAUCUAUGUUAUGAAGCCUAUGAUCGUAUACAAAAUCCUAAAACAAAAGUAGAUGGAAAGACGAUGUGUUUUGUAGCCAUCAUAGGAGUCAUAGUAAACAUUGUUGUUAAUGUUCGUGCAGCUUUGCUUCAUGUAUUGGGUGAUUUCUUAUCUUCCUUGGGAGUUUUGAUAUCAUCUAUAAUUAUUAUAAUGGAUGAAAGUAAGCAAUGGGUUGAUCCGUUAUGUACAUUUUUUUUCUCGGCUCUUGUGAUGGCCACUACAUUUGGUAUAUUGAGAAGUGGUGUUAGAGUUUUGAUGGAAGCAACACCCUCUCACAUUGACGCACACUCUGUGAGAAAAGAUUUAGAAGAAAUUGAAGGAGUAAAGAGCGUGCACGAUUUGCAUAUUUGGGAUUUGACAGUUGGACGAACAACUCUAACAUGCCAUUUGCGACUUCAACCAUAUAAUCCAGAUGUUUCGGCGGAGCCGUUGAUUCCUGCAUUUAUUUUAUCACAAGCUAGACGUGUUCUAAAACGAAAGUAUAACAUAAUGCAUGUCACAAUUCAAAUUGAUUCAUAA